AUGGCAGCUUCUUCCAAAUCGACAGAUGAAAGUUCGCAUCCACAUGACGCACUCCCGAAUGACCAGGACUUUGACUGGAUGAUAUCUGAUGCGAAGUUCACUGCUGAUACUACGACCGAUUUCUACGACCGCAGUCUGACGAGUCGCAGAUAUGCCCUUGUCGGAGUGGCAUGCUCAAGUAUCUUCAGCUGCUUGUGCAUCAUUGCAGGCAGUGUCACUUUAGCCAAUCGUGGAUUUACCGGUGCAGCCGUGGUCAUUCCUGAUAUAAACAAUACUCAGUUCCCCGUGCAGGAGAUGUUCACCCUGACACUUAACUUAAUCGUCACGUUGUGCACCGAGUCCAUCGGCUUCGUACACAGCAUCUCAUUGCGCUCUGCGCUAGCCUCAGAGUCUCGACUUCGUUUCAACACCAAUCUGCGCCUUCUGACUGCGACUCGUGGAUGGUAUAACCCUAACGGCGCCCUGAUUAAUGGUGUCUCGGCUGUCCUCCUCAUUAUAUCCUAUAGCUCGGCCUCACUCGUCGUAUGUGUAGACUUGAUUCAAGUUCAAAUAACGCCGCAAACAUUUGAGGAGGGUAUUGCCUUCGCAGGGAUGCCUCUCCUCGUUUUGGGCGUCGCACUCCUCCUCCAGGUGAUGAUCACAUUGUCAGCGAUGCGGGCUGUCAAAAUAUCGACGUGGAGCUCCUCACCUUUCGACUUGACUGCCGCACUGGUCUACCACACGCAAUUGACCCCUGCUACUUUGCAAUGCAUGCGUUGCGUGUCUAACCUAGACACGUAUGGAGGUCCAGCGAAGCCAUCAGAGAUACAGCCCUCUGCGUGGAAUGCUCACCCUAGCAUCCGGAAAGUUGUGAUUUCUCUUUGGGUGAUCGUUGCAGCAUGCGCUGGAUGGGCCGCACUCGUCAUGUAUGUCUGGGACAAGUACGCCGACAGCAAUAUUUUAAUGUCCCCCGAUGCGCUGACCACACAAACGUGGUCUUUCUUGUCUACGAUGCAGGUGUCCAAGAGGCUACCUAAUUACAUCAUGUAUAUUAUACCGGGUGCCAAUCUUGAGGUGUGGAUUCUGCUCUUUGUCAAUAUGGCAGUUAUCCAGGGACCGUUGACACUUGGGCUGCAUUGCUCUGAGCUUAUCGCGAAUGUCAUUCGAGACGAAAGACAGUGGAGAUGCGCUACCGGAAGGAAAGGACUUAGGACGGUGACGAACCCGGUGAAGACAAUUUUCACUCAUCCGACCUGUCUUGUACUUUUCGUUGCAAAACCUUUCCUGCACUGGAUGUUCGGGCUUUCAUUCACCAUAGAUCACUCCGCCACUGAUGGGAAACUAGGCCUGGUGUUUGUAUUCAUGUUCACUGCCCAGAUCUGGAACUUAUGCAUAGCACUGUUUACAUUUGCCUGUUUCUUCACGUUCGUCGCCCUGCGCCGACCGCGUGGUCCCCAGCCGGCUGCAUAUGGCCAUGUCCAGACGCUCGCCAACCUCGUGGAUGAGUGGUCCCCUGUAAUGUGGUGGGGACACAAGGAGGACGGAAUUCCGUACUGUCAUGCUGGGACGAGCGAUCACCCGCUGCCGGAUGUGAAGAUGGACUGCGUUUAUGCUGGUUCUGGUGCUGGGUCUCUGGUACCCCUUUCGUGA